GCUGGUCACAACGGCGUCCAGCCGCUGGAGACUGGCCGUGCUAGGCGGGAAUACAUACGAGCCCGCCGGCAUUCUUGGUCCAGUCGUCGGUAGACGAUAUAAAGGCUCGAGGCCACCCGAUGCGGAAGAGGGCAUCACUCCCAGUGGCACACAUUCCCUCCCGACAAGCAAGUCUUCGUCGACAUUCAUUCUACAUUCACUCUUUUGUGUUCGAAAACGCUGGAUCGUCUUCAUUUUGAGCUUCUUUGUUGCUACCUAGGAGAUUUCACCCAGACACUUCCAAUAUUCACAGUGGGACAUUGUCAAUAGACUAUCCUUUUCGAAUAUCCAGCACUUAAAGCUCCAAAACCUUCAUUUGAUACCCAGAAAAAGUCACUCAUCGCGAACACGGUCUUUACGAAUCCAUCCACAAACAUCAUCAUGUAUACGAACAUUAUCUCUGUGCUCGCCCUGGCUGGCGCUGCUCAGGCCCACAUGUCGAUGUACUACCCGGCUCCCUUAGGAGGAGCCCCUGCCAUCAACAAGCAAUCAACGGAGCUUGACCCCGAGUUCAACUUCCCGCUUGGCUGCUGUGGACCUGACGGUGGUGACAGCAGGCCCUCUCCUGGUAUUUGCCGCGGUCACCUUGACAAGUUCGACACUGAGGAUGCUACUGUCACCUGGCAGCCUGGACAAGACGCUUACUUCCAACUGACAAACUAUGACUACGACCCAGCGGCGCCUGGUGGUACCCACUAUGGAGGAUCUUGCCAGGUCGGUUUCUCGACCGACAAGGGCAAGACAUGGAAGAUGGCCGCUUCAUACCACGGUGCUUGCCCACAUGCCACCGAGGAUGGAUCACCUGAGGCCCAGACCUUCGACUUCAAAGUACCUACCGGUAUGCCUGAAGGUGAUGCUAUCUUCGGUUGGGUAUGGCUCAAUCGCGAACACGAGUCAUUCAUGAACUGUGCUAAAGUCCACAUUGGUUCUGGCUCUGGUGCUGGCUCUGGCGAUAGCACCGAGCCCAGCGAGCCAUCUCAGUCUGCAACGCAGCCCGAGCAACCAGCAUACUCCGAGACUGAGCCUGAGGAGACUCCUCAGCCAACUUCCGCACAGCCUGAGGCUCCCGCCGAGGACGAUAAGAGCUCCGAGCAAUCGCCACCCGCUUCGCCUGUCGAGGACAGCCCGGCUGUCGUCGUUACCACUGUCGUAGCUACUACUAUCUACGAGCAGUACCAGCCCACACAGACAGCGACCAACGACUCUGAAGCUUCCGAAGAGACUGAUGACUCAAGUGACGGCCACUGGUGGAACCGUCCUCACCAGAAGGUUAAGGCAGGCACUCGUCGUUAUGCAGUUGACGGCUCUCGCUGUGAGUGCCGUCGUGACGAGCUUACCCUUGCGGCUCGCUGCUCCUGCGAUUCUACCAACAAGGCUGUCGAGCGCAAGGCUCUUCGUAUGCACCGCCGCACCUUCUACAAGCGUGUUGAUGCGUGUGAUUGGAACUCGGCCCCCAGAAUGGAGGUCUCGUACUUCACUGAGGAUGCCAACUGCGCCCCCAAUGCUAAGGCUCACAUGCCUGAGAGCGACACUUUUGAGUUGGGCUGGGAUGUCAACUGUGGUGUCGUUGAUGGCCAGAGUGAGUAUGAGAUCAAGACCAUGAGCUGUGACAUGUAUGGUUAGAUGGUGGGCCGUCAGAGCGUUUCUUCUUGGUGUAUGCCACAUAUUCUUUACAUUCUUCACACUCGUUCAUCACGUUCCUGGACGCUGGGUUUUUCUUCUCUUCUUCUUUGGGAAUCAGGGGUGCCUAUCAUACGCCCUUGAUCUUUCCACUUUGGCACUGCACAUGCAGGGCGGAUUGGCUUGUUUGGUUGCAUCUGGGAGGCUUCACGACAUCCACACAUACAUCUUAUGACGGUUAGCCUGGGUUGGCACUGGGAAAAAGACAUUGUACAACACUAGUCACACUGCGAAAC